CUGCAGGCAACCAGCUGCAAACAGUGGAACAACGAAGAGAAGUGCUGCAGUGAACGGAGCCGAGGAGCGCCCAAGCUGCUGCUCGAUAUUCUUCACAGAAGGACCUGCUUGAUGGAUACACUCCAGUGUGGCAGCUGAAUGCAAAAGAAAGGAUUCUGCUGUCUUCAAGAGAAAUCUGUGGAAUAAUGUGGAAGAUAAUGACAUGUUUGAGGCUCUGAAAUAUCAGAGAAAAUGGAGUGAGGGGGAAAUAACCAAAUGUAGUGGAAGUAAGAGACAUGCAGCAACCCGGAGGAGGCCUCCAGCAGAGUGCUCUUGGUGGAGCUAUUAUCUCAGGGACACGCUUUCAGUCUGAGGAUGGAACAAGAGGAAUCUGUCCUUGACCAGAGGAUUACCAAUACUCAAACACUGCACAAAAAGCAAAAAGGACAAUAGAUAGGUCCUUUUGAUUUUAAGACUGAUACAAAGAAAAUGCCAUUCGUGGACUACAGAUGAAUUUGGACAGCAUAGUCAGGGUCUCGUGAUUUUUUUUUUGCUGUCACCUCUACCACCACUGGCAGUAAAAAUGGGCUCCGUUACUUUUAAUGUAAAGCCGCUUUAAAAUAAUUCCUGCAAAGAUGUUGUGUGAUGAUUAAGUCAUCCAUCUGAGGCCCUGUGGAGAAAUGUCUAAUGGAAAGAUGCACUCGCCUGUUAAAAGAAGAUGUAUGAAAAACUGGCUUCCAAAAACUACAAUCAUGUGCUGCAGACAAGGCAUUUCAGUCUGUCUUCCUCUCCCCUCUGUCUUUCUACUCCUUUUCUCCCUGGUUACACCCGCUCUGUCCAUUCACAUGGAGUCCAUAGAGAGCCACAGUGAGUUCAGCUGUGAGCCCAUCAGACUGAGAAUGUGCCAGGAUUUGCCUUACAACACCACCUUUAUGCCCAAUUUACUGAAUCACUACGACCAGCAAACGGCUGCACUCGCCAUGGAGCCUUUUCAUCCCAUGGUAAACCUGGUGUGCAGUGCAGACCUGAGGAUGUUCCUGUGUGCCCUGUAUGCCCCUGUGUGCACUGUGUACGGCCAGGUGUCCAUGCCAUGUCGAACGCUCUGCCAGAGGGCCAAAGAUGAGUGCAACAAACUCAUGGAGAUAUUUGGACUGUCAUGGCCAGAUGACAUGGAGUGUAGCAGGUUCCCAGAUUGUGAUGAGCCGUAUCCUCGCCCAGAAGACCUGCAAACAAAUUCUGACCCUACUGACCAGUCAUCCAUGACCGUCCAAAGAGACUAUGGUUUCUGGUGUCCCAGAGAGCUCAAAGUUGACCCAGACCUCGGUUACACAUUCAUGGGCAGGAGGGACUGUUCUGCCCCCUGCCCCUCAAUGUUCUUCAACCGGCAGGAGCUGACCUUCAUCCGCUACUUUGUAGGAGUGGUUUCCAUCGUCUGUCUGUCGGCAACGCUCUUCACCUUUCUGACAUUUCUCAUCGAUGUUACCAGGUUUCGAUACCCUGAAAGGCCAAUAAUCUUCUACGCUGUGUGUUAUGUCAUGGUGUCGCUGGUUUUCUUUCUGGGCUUUCUGUUGGAGGACAGGGUAGCUUGUAAUGCAGUCAGCCCCACCCAGUUCAGAGCCUCAACCAUAACACAGGGCUCACAUAACAAGGUAUGCACCCUGUUCUUCAUGGUCCUGUAUUUCUUCACCAUGGCUGGCAGCGUGUGGUGGGUCAUACUAACAAUCACUUGGUUCCUGGCCGCUGUGCCUAAAUGGGGCAGUGAGGCCAUUGAGAAGAAAGCCCUCCUCUUCCAUGCGGUGGCCUGGGGGCUCCCAGGGGCCCUGACUGUCACCCUGUUGGCCCUGAACAAAAUUGAAGGAGAUGGGAUCAGUGGAGUGUGUUUCAUAGGGCUGUAUGACAUCGAUGCCCUGAGGUGGUUUGUUCUGGCACCGCUUUGCCUCAAUGUGGCAGUUGGUGUCUCUCUCCUCCUAGUGGGAAUUGUUGCUCUGAACCGUGUACGCAUGGAGAUCCCUCUGGAGAAAGAGAACCAGACCAAACUAGUCAAGUUUAUGAUCCGUAUGGGAGUGUUCUCAGUGCUCUACCUGGUCCCUUUGUUGACUGUGAUUGGGUGCUACCUGUAUGAGCACACCUACAGGAGCAUCUGGGAGACAACAUGGAUGGAGGAGAACUGCAGGCGUUAUCACAUCCCCUGUCCCUACAAGGUGGAGCAGACCAGUCGGCCAAACAUGAUUUUGUUCCUGAUAAAGUAUCUGACAAUGCUAGUGGUGGGAAUCCCCUCUGUGUUCUGGGUGGGCAGCAAGAAGACAUGCUUUGAAUGGGCCAGCUUUCUGCAUGGACGCAGACGAAAAGACAGUGGAGUGAAUGAGUCUCGUCAGGUGCUGCAGGAGCAGCCAGACUUCGCCCAGUCCCUGCUGCGGGAGCCAAACACCCCCAUCAUCAGGAAGUCCAGAGGAACAUCCACUCAGGGCACAUCUACCCAUGCCUCUUCCACCCACUUAGCUGCCCUAGAUGACUUGGAUGAACCAAUCAGAACUCACCAUGGCCACACUGCCUCCACCAAGAGUAAGGCUGGCAGUGUCCACAGCAAAGCUAGCUACCAUGGCAGCCUGCGGCGAACUCGUGACGACAGGAGUGAUACUUUGGUUCACAGAGGUACAGAGCAGCGCAGUUACCAUGGAAGCAUGCCGCGUCUAGACCACCCGCUCUCCACUCACAGCAGCCUUCAUCAGUUAGAUAGCCACUCGAAGCACGGCAGCCAGCGAGACGUUUCUGAACCCCCGCCAAUCCUCAACACCCACGGAACCACGGCGAGUGAGAACCAAGUGGCGGAGAACGAGGGCACCAGCGCCUGAGAGGAGUCUUAACAUCUGCAGUGAACUGUUGUUACAAUGCUGCUAAAGCCUUUCAAAGAUCUGCCCUUAACAGAAACACUCACC